CACUUUUACUGCGAUGUCGAAAGUCGAAAGUCCAAAACAACUCCGACUAGAUUCGUUGCUUUGAGAAACGUAUUCUGGUCUUCCGAUAAGAUUCCGAUCUUCAUUUCCCAAAGGUUUUCCGCAGAAAUCAGUGAUCCGAGCUUCAGGAAAUACUCGAUUUGCAUCUGCGAUGUCGACCCCUGCCGCCGCCUCCGUCGUCGCCGUCAGCAACUCCGGCCGAGGAUCGAUCACUCACGACAUGGAUUGUCUCCUUCUCGAAAAAAAUACAACAAAAUGUUUGACUGGUCGUUGAAAGCGAAGAUGAUGUGAAGAAAAGCGAUAGAAGCUGCCACUGUUUUCGUUGAAGAAUGUGGGAUUAGUGACACCUCAAGAGUUCAUCGUAGAGAGAGAGAGAGAGAGAGAGAGACAGUCAAUGUUGCAAGACCCCUUCCCGACAAGUGACCUAAUGUUUGGUACAAUCCACUAAAUACUGAAGAAUACAACCCAUAGCCUUCUUAAGCUUGAAGUUUGAUCUAAAAACACAAAGACACGGUGAGCUUUUUGAGACGGUCCAGAGGUGAAGCAAGGGGUAGGAGAAGAUGCUCCUUGCAAAGUCAUCUUUCAUGCACACCACCAUGACUUCCUUCAAGCCCACAAUAACCUGUUUUACCAAGCAAUUUGUUGUGGUUUUGAUCGCUAUAUUACAUGUAAAGUUGAGUACGAGAUCUAAUUACGUCAUUGUCGUCAAGAAAAAAGUUUCGAAAAAAGAGGCAUCAAACUUUGAGUGAAUGAAACUUUCAAGGCAUCUAAAG